UUCCCCAUACCGGUGCCCUAGGGCUUUUGGGUUUUGGGGUCGUAAAUUCCUUCUUGUUAGAAAGACGGUGAACGAGCUAGCUCAACAGAUGGGAAGGAGGAUACUGAACGAUGCGUUGAGGUCUAUAGUGAAUGCAGAAAAAAGGAGUAAAGCUUCGGUGGAGUUGCGACCCAUCUCCACGGCGAUGUCUUCUUUCCUCAAAAUCAUGAAGGAACGAGGAUAUAUCAAGAAUUUUCAUGUUUAUGAUCCACAUAGAGUGGGAAGGAUUACAGUUGAGUUACAAGGCAGGGUAAAAGAUUGCCGGGCUCUCACGUAUAGGCAGGAUAUCAAGGCAAAAGAAAUUGAAGCGUACCGCUUGCGUGUACUUCCAACUCGUCAGUGGGGUUAUGUUGUGAUCAAUACUCCAGAUGGUGUUUUGGAUCAUGAAGAGGCAAUGAAAAGAAAUGUAGGUGGUCAGGUCCUCGGUUAUUUUCACUAGGUGUCCACCUCAUAACACCUGUUAGAAGGGAAAGCAGAUUAAAAAGGUCGGGGCAUUACCAGUAUAGUAGGACUUUGAUGAUAUGGUCAGACACCAGUUUUAGUUAUGCAUGUCUUCAUCUGUGCUGUGGUUUCGCCUGGCAGUUUGAACUCAACUGACAGAAUGAAGUAAUCCUCGUGUGUUUUUGUCAUUGCUUGCAACUUCUUUAUGUGAGGCAUUGGGGGUCUCAGAAGUUGAAAUAAAGCAGGGUCGCUAUUUGUGUGCUGAUUCAAUCCAGUACUUUGAUAUUUGCUACACUUAAUUAAACAAUUUUGAAGAUCGCUCUCG